UUUUCGCUCCAAAAUGGCGUCUCCGUUGUCUUCAUGUCUGCUUUUGGACACGACUUCUGCCGCCGAUUCUUCAUCACAUGAUUUGACGCUUCGAUCGCUUCCCUCUUUAUCUCUGAAUGCGGGAAAUCGAUGUCAAUCUUCAGUUCCGCCGAAAUCUCCGAAUAAUUGUCUUUCAGUUCGAGAUUUUGAACGCAUUUUAGAAGAACUAAAAUCUGAAAACUUUUCGCUAAAACUUCGGAUUUAUUUUCUCGAAAAAUCCAAUCAAAACUCGAAUCCAAGCGAUGACGUCAUCCGUCGUCUUAAACGCGAUUUAAAUGCGACGAAACAAUUGGCCCGAGAAUUAGCCAAUCAUUUGUCGCGAUUCGUUCAAAGCGUCCAAUCGAAUGACUCCCGACUCCCACACCAUCUCAUCGACGCCUCCGAAGACCUCCUAAACUGCGCCUCCGUUUUAGUCACGCCCGCAAAUGACGUCACAACAGAACAACCAAUCGGAAGACCGAUUGCCGAUGAAGACGACGAAUCAGAUGACGUCUGGUCAGAACCCGACCGCGAGGCGUCUCGAGUCCGCAUUGGUCUUUCGGUUGGAACCGAAUUGGACGCCGGAAUCGAUAAGAAACUUCGUUCACGUGAUCGCAAACGCCGUCAGUCUAUUUCCGCCGUCGGUCACGUGACGUCUUCGCUCGGAGUUCUCAAUUUGGACGAAGAUUGGCGCGCAGUCGCAGUCGAGGCGACCACUCAAACGUCGUCCCGGACGACACCCGAACGACGCGCGGACGACAAGUGUUGCCAAACAAAUGAAAGUCCUAUUUAUCCGCACAACGAUCUCUCGGCUCACAAAGACAAUGACCAGCGGUCGCCAAAAGCCUCUUCGGCCUCUUUGUUCACUUAUCGCGCGUCACUUUCACCGAUGAGUCGCCGAACACGUGAACAAAACGCCAAAUUCGUGCCAAACAUUGCGUCGUCUGAAACGUCGCAAAACUCUUCUCAAAGACCGGAAAGUGACGAUUGUCCGCCGGAUCCGCGGCCAUUGUCUCCCGAUUUGGGAGUAGUUUUGCCGAACGGAUCUUCAGGUGAAGAAUCUGUGGUUCACUUAUCGCGUCGUUUAUGGCGUCGAUUACGCCAUCUUUUGUCACAAAUACGUCAACUUUCGACUUCGAACGCAAUUCUAACAAAUCUGGCCAAAGAUGCGCUUCAAUUGGUUUCCGAUGCAGUCAUUGGCAGAACUGGAACUGCUCGUGAAGAUGCACUCUGGGCUCACGUCGAACGACUGAGAAGAUCGCGCGCGCGUCUCGAGGCAGCAGUUGGUCGGGAAGUGACGAAAGCCGAGGAAUUGUUGGCCAAAACGGCUCAAGAGUUGCAGUGAUUGUUUGG